CACUAACUGUAUCCAACAACGGCGAGGCUAGUGUGUGAUGAGCUAGCGCACGGGCCGCUGAGGAACGAUGAGCUCGCAGGCGUCUCCAGUAAAGGUGUUCAUUCGCAUCAGACCCACAGCCAGCUUCGCGCACGAGCUUAUUGAGUGCCCACCUGACCAGCAGACUUUGAAAGUGAGAUCAAGGAAAGACUCUAAUAAAGGAAAGAGGAAUAAUCAGCUGAGCUCAUGGGUAUUUCAGCUGAAUGGGGUGCUGGAUAAUGUGUCACAAGAGGACACCUAUGAUCGUGUUGCCCGGAGUGUAGUGCUGGGAGCCUUCGCGGGCUACAAUGGUACAAUAAUGUGCUUUGGGCAAACUGGAGCUGGGAAAACAUACACUAUGACGGGUGCUGCAGAGACUUACAAACACAGAGGCAUCAUUCCUCGAGCCCUACAGGAGGUUUUCCAAGAGGUGGAACAUCGUGCAGAUCAUACCUUCUCUGUUCAUCUCUCCUUUCUGGAAAUCUAUAAUGAGACUAUGGUAGACCUGCUCUCCAGCAUAAAGAAAGGAAAGAGUUCGAAUAGUGGGGUCUUAACUGUGAUAGAAGAACCAGGGGGUGGAGUCUCAGUCAAAGGCUUGUCUUUACAUCUAGUUCACAAUGAAGAGGAGGCUCUUAAUCUGCUUUUCGAGGGGGAGAUGAACAGAAUCAUUGGACAACAUGCCCUUAAUAAACACUCCUCCAGAUCUCACUGCAUUUUUACUAUCCACAUUGAGUCUCGCUCUCGCACACUGUCGGAUGCAAAAUACAUCACCUCUAAACUGAACCUGGUGGACCUGGCGGGAUCUGAAAGACUUGGCAAAACUGGGUCAGAAGGUCAAGUCCAAAUGGAGGCCAUGUAUAUCAACAAGUCCCUGUCUUUCCUGGAGCAGGUCAUCUUGGCUCUAGCUGACAGUCGUAGGGAACAUGUUCCCUUCAGACAGAGCAAACUUACCCAUGCUCUCAAAGACUCACUCGGAGGAAACUGUAACACAGUGCUUGUGGCAAACAUAUAUGGUGAAGCGGCACAAAUUGAGGAGACGCUUUCAACUCUUCGGUUUGCCACCAGAAUGAAAUGUGUGCAGACAAAGCCGUCAAUCAAUGAACAUGUCGACCCAGUGCUCCAGGUGCGAAGACUGGAGAAAGAAAUCCAGUUUCUUAAAGAGGAGCUGUCAAUGUGUAACACCCUGACUAAUCGGGUUGGAGUUUCUAAUGAAAUCCUGUCAGAGAGACAGGUGGAGGAAGUGAGGAGUCAGGUGCAGAGAUACCUGUCUGGAUUACUGGAUGAGAUCCCGAUUGUGAGCAUUACACAAAUUCAAGAGGUGUUUGCCCAGUUCAAAAAAGUGGUGUUGGAGCAGCAAAAGAAAUUGCGAGAGCAGCUCGGUCCGCGAAACCCUCGGGUAGAGAAAGCCAUGAACACAACACCAUCUACUGUUGCAGAGGUGCAGGGGUCUGUAGGUGCUGUUGGAGAGGUGGAGAGUUGUGGAUAUGGCCUUGGUUUAGCUAAAUCUUCACAGAAACAUCAGCGAAAUGUGUCACCAAAACCAAGUAAAGCAAGAAAAGACAAACAGAUCAGCAGAAAGGAAGGAACAGUGAGUCAAGCGCCAGUGGAAAAUACAACUGUGCAAGCCGAACAGCCUCUAAACAUUACUGAAUCUGACAUGACCACACACGAACCUCAACAACAAGCUCCAGAAGAACAACACAGAACUGACUCUCCUCCACCCAAAACUGAGGCAUUUGAGGAUUUCAAGGCAGAACGAGGAAGUGAGAUCAACCGCAUACUAAAGGAGAACAAGGCUGUGCUGUCGGAGCGCACGACCCAAUUACGCAUACUCACAGACGUCAUCAAUACCACUAAACGGGAUCUUGACUACAUUACAUAUGAGCUGCGACAAUUCAGAGAGCGAAAACAAGGCCAGGGUCAGUUUGUGAGUGCGGAGGGGGAGCCUGUGCUGGAGGAGGCUGAGCUAUCUCUAGUGAUGCAGCUGAAAGAGCUGAAGAACCGUUAUAGACAAGCCUACGAGGAUUUCAGAAGCACAAAGACAGAGGUCAGCUACUGUCAGCACCUGGUGAAUCAGUGCCGCACACGGCUGCUAACUGAGUUUGAGAGAUGGUACAAUGAGUCUUUCUUGUUUCCGGGUGACGUGUUGUCAGUCUUAGAGACAGGACCAGUUCGACCAGGUCACAUACCUGUGGACAAAGCUUUAACACUGAUGGAUGAUGAAGAGCAAAGUGAUGGUCUCCCUCACAAGCUGCAUGCAGACAGUACUGCGUCAUUUUACAAUGCCUAUAACAGGACUCUGAAGAGGAGGGGAAGCAGACAGGUGUCUCGAAGUCCAGAGUCUGUGAGGGGCAGCAGGAGUAAAACAAAACUCCCUAUUCUCCCAGUCAUCUGAUGCAGGUCCCAGAGUGCUUGACACUUCCUGAAGAACGUUUCCAUGAACGUGUGAAAUCAGUAGGACAUAUGAAAACAUCUGCUAACUGAAAUCUGCUGGUGCUGUAUCAUGUAAUCUAUCCUUAAACUUGUAACUGAUACUGUUCAAAUGUAAAGACAAUGUCUUAAUUUUUUCUGAAAAUAACAUACUGUGUAUUUUAACUGUACAUUAUUAUUGUUAGUUCUUUGUUAGAAAUGUUUUUAAAUAUCAGUUUACACUUUACAAUAUAUUUUACACUUUGAGAAAACCGUAGUUCGCUCUAAUCAGAGGCAAGAACAACCUCAAUACAUCAGGUUGUUAAAUGAAAAGUAAACUUUAUUAUUCCUGAACCACAAAAUAGACUUCUUUGGUUGUACAAAUUCACUAGUUACAGUCCUGAAUGAGCGCUAUCCCCAGACCUUUAGUCCCACCCUCCCCUUUAGCAAAAAACAAAACAAAAAAUUCUCCCAACAAGAAACCAAGACAAGAAAACAAUAAGAGAGUUCAAACUCUUUUGCUUUGAAAAAGUAAAAAUGUAGUGAAUCCCAUUAUUCCAUUGGUUACAGAAAACCAACCUCUUUUUU